UGCAAUACAUACCUAAACGUGCAACUAUGUAAUUUACUUAUGACUACGUUGAUAGCUGACUAAAACAAUACACUCUUAGGCAACUGGUAUUAAAUUAUUAUUGACCGGAGUACACUUCCGGCACAGUAAUUACAAACAUUACGGUUUGGUGAUGUGGCAGUGGUGAAAAAUUUACCACGUAUAUAGGAUUAAUUACAUACAUAUUUUACUAUGUAAGUUUAAUUUACAUACAUAUGCAUCAAACCGAUACCUAUAAAUACUGUAGAAAAGAGUAAAGACAUAAAUAAGUUUGCAUUUUGCAGUUAAACGUUAUUUACCAGUAACAGUGUUGUAAUUGGGAAAACGGCGUCAAGGAACUCACAAGGAUAUUUGUUUAGUUAAAUAUUUAUCUUAAAAUUUUUCACAUUUCGGGACACCCGCACCCCCAAUACAUAAAUGGAAAUGUGGGUUAUUUUAAUUUUGACGUGUUUCCACCACCCAUUUCCCAUGGGGGAAGGAAGCGUGAUAACGACGAAGGCGGAAACAUUCCUGGUCGACCUGGCGGUCCAUCGGUAUCCGGAAUGUGCCCUGUUUUUCGUUCGUCAAAGUGGGGAAAGUGAGAUUGGGAAUAAUUUGUUGUCAAGUGUUGUUAAAAGGCUGAAAACGUCGCCAUCUUAUAACGCUGUGUAUUCCACAAGUUUGUCGAACUUGUCAUCGAUUAAGUUUUCAACAGAAGUAACAAAUUGGAAUAGAAGAGGUCACAUUUGUAAGAUCAUCGUAAUCGUGGUGGAUCAUUUCCGGUCAGAUUUUUUACAGGGGGUUAAACGCUCUAUAUCCCCCACCUAUCUCCCCAUGGUUAAGAAAGACUUGGACUACUGGAUCUGGAUCACCCCACAACCAUCCCAACUGGAAAAUCUCCUCUUAUCGAAUUAUCUUCCGGCCAAGACCAAGUAUAAGCUUGGUCUCAGUUUCACCCCGUCUGGUGAUCUGAUUAUUAAAUCGGUCUGCUUCUUCUUUUUAACUAUUUUCCCGACUUUGUUCGUAACUUGA